UCCUGUCCUCCUCUCCUUUGCACAAGUCUCCACUUGAACGACUUGGAGGAGUCUGACUGCAGUGAAAAGACACGGCUGAUGCCUUCUUUGUUCCCUCCUUCGUGUGGUGAAGGGAGAAGAGCCGCCAUGCAUCCAGCUCAGGGUGGGGUGUCCUUUGAAGAGGUGGCUGUGCAUUUCUCCAAGGGGGAGUGGGCCCUGCUGCGCCCAGCCCAGAGAGCUCUCUACAAGGAAGUCAUGCUGGAGAAUUUUGGCCAUGUGGCCUCUCUGGGAUCGCAGAUUGCCAAACCUGACCUCGUAUGCUGGCUGGAAGAGGAGGAAGAGCUGCUUCCCCUGACCUCUGAUGAAGAGGAGAGAUUGGCUGGAAGCUGCUCAGGUCUGUCAUGGGACUGUGUGGGGGCUGCAGUUCCUUCCGAAGGAGGAAGGUGUGAGAUGGCAAACGAAACAAAAGAGCAUCCAGUGGUGGAGAAAGAGGAUAUAUACCUCCAUCUGAAAGACAACACUGAGCAUUCUGAUGAACUGAGGAAGGAUGGGAGGAAAUACCCACCCAAACAGAGGACAACGUCUAGUCAUUCACAGGAUAAGCAUUCUAAGCAGCAAAAAAUAUACAAAGAUAAUAGGAAUGAGAACAUUGCAAGAGGGGAAAACAUUCCAGAAAAAUCAGAUGUUAAUAUUCAACAUAACACCUUUAACAGGAAGAAAAUAUAUAAAUAUGUAGAGUGUGGGAAAAGGUUCAGUCAAAGUGAAACCCUAAUUUCCCAUCUAAGAGUUCACACAGGGGAGAAAACAUAUAAAUGUCUGGAGUGUGGGAAAAGAUUCAAGCACAGUAAACCUCUUACUGUCCAUCAAAGAAUUCACACAGGGGAAAAACCAUACAAUUGUCAGGUGUGUGGGAAAACAUUCAGGCACAGUGGAACUCUUACUGUUCAUCAAAGAGGUCACUCAGGGGAGAAACCAUAUAAGUGCCUGCAGUGUGGAAAGAGCUUCAAGGAAAGCGGAAAACUUACUGCCCAUCAAAGAAUUCACACAGGGGAGAAACCAUAUAAAUGUCUGGAGUGUGGGAAAAGAUUCAGGCACAGUGGAGAGCUUAAUGUCCAUCACAGAAUACACACAGAGGAGAAACCAUAUAAAUGUUUAGAAUGCGGGAAAAGAUUCAGGCAGAGUGGAAAUCUUACUGUCCAUCAAAGAGUUCACAUAGGGGAGAAACCAUAUAAAUGUUUAGAAUGCGGGAAAAGAUUCAGGCACAGUGGAAAUCUUACUGUUCAUGAAAGAAUUCACACAGGGGAGAAACCCUAUAAAUGCCUUCAGUGUGGAAAAAGCUUCAAGGAAAGCGGAAAACUUACUGUCCAUCAAAGAGUUCACACAGGAGAUAAACCAUAUAAGUGCCUGCAGUGUGGAAAAAUCUUCAGGGAAAGUGGAGAACUUACUGUCCAUCAAAGGGUUCACACAGGGGAGAAACCAUAUGAGUGCCUGCGGUGUGGAAAAAGCUUCAAGAGCAAUGGAAAACUUACUGUCCAUCAAAGAGUUCACACAGAGGAGAAACCGUAUAAAUGUUUGGAAUGUGGGAAAAGAUUUAGGCAGAGUGGACAUCUUACUAUCCAUCAAAGAGUUCACACAGGAGAGAAACCCUAUAAAUGCCUGGAGUGUGGAAACAGCUUCAGUCGCAGUGGGAGCCUAAUUUCCCAUCAAAGAAUUCACACAGGGGAGAAACCGUAUAAAUGCUUGGAGUGUGGGAAAAGAUUCAAUCAGAGUGGAGAACUUACUGUUCAUCAAAGAGUUCACACAGGGGAGAAACCAUAUAAAUGCCUGGAGUGUGGAAAAAGUUUCAGUCAUAGUGGAGCUCUUCCUGUCCAUCAAAGAAUUCACACUGAGGAGAAACCAUAUAAAUGUCUGGAGUGCGGAAAAAGGUUCAGGAAGAGUGGAGGUCUUAUUGUCCAUCAAAGAGUUCACACAGGGGAGAAACCAUAUAAAUGUCUGGAAUGUGGGAAAAAAUUCAGGCAGAGUGGAGACCUUACUGUCCAUCAAAGAGUCCACACAGGGGAGAAACCUUAUAAAUGUCUGGAAUGUGGGAAAAGUUUCAGUCAUAGUGCAGCUCUUCCUGUUCAUCAAAGAGUUCAUACAGGGGAGAAACCAUAUAAAUGCCUGCAAUGUGGAAAAAGCUUCAAAGAAAGUGGAAAACUUACUGUCCAUGAAAGAAUUCACACAGGGGAGAAACCAUAUAACUGUCUAGAGUGUGGGAAAAGAUUCAGGCAGAGUGGAGAUCUUACUGUCCAUAAAAGAGUUCACACGGGGGAAAAACCAUAUAAAUGCUUGCAAUGUGGAAAAAGCUUCAAGGAAAGUGGAAAACUUACUGUCCAUCAACGAAUGCACACAGGGGAGAAACCUUAUAAAUGUCUGGAGUGUGGGAAAAGAUUCAGGCAGAGUGGAGAACUUACUGCCCAUCAAAGAGUUCACCUUGGAAAAGGCAUAUAAAUGCCUGGAGUGUGGAAAUGUCUUCAGACGGGUUGGAUGCCUUAAGUCCCAUCAAAGAAUUCAGAAAGGGAAGAAAGCAUAGAAAUGUUCAGAUUGGAUCCCUAUGGACGUUCUUGUAUGGUGGAGAAAAAACAAUUGCCACUCUGUGAGGCACAGAUUUCACGGGGAGUAAACCAGCAUCUCCCUGAGCAGUGCCCAAUGACAUCCCUCUGAGUGGGAGAAACAAGCACAGCCAACCGGUGCUUGCUGAUGCAGCCACAGCCCAUGUCCCACCCUCUGCCCCACUGAAGCUAUAGAGGACAGGCAAGGAAGACUCCGCAACUGCGAAACCCCAAAAGAGACAAUGGACUCUAGUGCACCCCAACUGAUGACUCCUGUAGAGUUGCCAACCUCCAGGUGGGACCUGCAGUUUUCCCAGAAUUACUUCUGAUCUCCAGCCCGCAGAGACCACUACCAAUAGAGGAAAUUUCAGCUACAGGAAAUGGCAUCACAACUCUAUUGUUUUUCUUCUCCUAAAACUCAACCCUGUCUAAGAACCACCCCAAAUCUCCGAGUGUCCCGAACUAAAGCUGGUAACGCUAUAUGAGAGUCCGACUCAAAGCCCAUUGUCUACCUUGCUUCUGCUAAGCAGGGUUUAUAAUUAAUGUGGGGGGGGGCGUUAUAUGACAUUCCCCCCUGGAAAUUAUUUAACACAUGUACCCCACACAGAUCAUCCACCAGGAAAUGGCUCCCAUGUGUUUCACUGCUGUAGGGAACGUCAGACCUAAAGAGAUACCCCCUUUUCACAACUUCAUUAAAAUUCCCCCUUAGGGACCAGGCCACUCCCCCUGUGAUCCAUUUCAUCCACACAACAACACCGCAUGAGGUUUAGUGGGCUGAGAGGCUGUAGCUGGCCUAGCAAGCAACCUUCCAUGGCCAACCGGGGAUUUGAACCUGAGUCUCCUUGAUCCCCAUCUGAUAUUGUAACCACUACCCCACACAGCCUCUGGCAGGGCAGUAGUUAAACCCAGUGUGCUUUUUCACAGAAGAAUACUUGCCACCCUCCCUGCCUGUUCUACUUUUGCACCUUCCUGCCUUCUCUUAAGUAAAUCUUUGCUUCCACUGCAAAUAGCAGAGGGAUAAUCUGGAGUUAAUCCAGGCCAGGAUGGUGGUCCGAUUUCAUUUUUGACAGUUCAAGCCCCACCACUAUUUAUAGUGGUGAGGCAAUUUUGAGGCUCCUAAGUUUAUUGCCUGAUGACUUACGUUUGCUCAGGAAGGAUGGACACCUUUUCUUAUUAUAUCUGCAUUUCAUGUCAUAUUUUAAAGAGUAGUCUAUGUUUAAAAUUGGUAUUUUUGUAAAUAUCAUGUUGGGACACCCAGUUCCUGUUGUGGGGGAGAGUGUAACCCUAUGAGCUUAGCCCUCUGUUGGCGUAUUUUGUCCCUCUGAGGAGGUGUCUCCCAGGAGGGACCUUACUGAGCCGAAACAAGUGAUUUCUGAAGAGAGAGAGAGAAGCAAUUGGUGGUAAACAGGUGUCCUGUGGGGGAGUACAGAGGAACCAGAAGCAGAGCUGUAGAUUGGCAGUGGAAGCAGGACUGAGGCAGCCGAGCUGCAGCAAGAACCGAGUGCGAGAGACUUUCAUGAGACUGCAGGGAGAGCGUAAAGGCUCAGGUCGCCUCCUUGGUUUUAUAGAAAUGUGCCCCACAUUAAUAACCCGUCUUUCCAUUCGUAUUAUAUCUUGUCUGAAUGUUAAUUCACACUUGUAAAAGGUAACUAUGGGAUUUGAUGGAGUUGCUUUGAAAUUGCUCUUUUCUUAUUUCACCUGCUAGUAAUUAUCCCUUGGUUAAGAGGAGUGGAAGCUAGUGGGCUACGGGUGGCCUAGUUUUUCUCUUCUUCAACCCCUCCCCUUUCCAGUAACCAACACAGGACCCAGACAUUUGCCUUCCGCUGGGGUUGGUGGGAGAAAUGUGUCAAGACCUGUGGGUCAUUAUGUCAUUGCCUAGGAGGGAACGCAUUGCUUGCUGAAGGAACACAGAA